CGUCACUGUCAGUCGAUAAAUAUCUACGUAAAAUAAAUAUAUUUUGUUAAUCAAACUAAAUAAUCAGUUUAGCUUGAACCGUCUACUUUCGUUGUUGUCGUGCAUUAUUUUCUAUUAUAAGUAUCCAACGUCGGUUCGUUACAUGUCUUCCGUGCGUAAAAUAGAAAUAGAAAAUGUUGUGAAACUAAACUUGUUUCGAUAUUCUCAUUACUUAUUAUGUAAAAAACCAAUAGAAGAUGUGUUCUCAUAGUGUGUUUUCAUUGUUUAGUAAGUGGCGUUUAUGGAUUAAACCGCUGCUAGUAGCUUUGUACGUGAUACUUAUAAUCGUUUUAGUGCCAAUAUUGAUAGCUCAUUCCAUAAGCAAUGGAUUUAGUAAAGCUGACCAGGGCGCGUUGGUGGGAGGCGGAUUUGUCCUCUUGGCGAUGCCCAUCUCGAUAUGGGAGAUCACACAACAUGUAUUGCAUUACACAAAACCUUCUUUACAGAAACACAUAAUAAGAAUAUUAUGGAUGGUCCCAAUCUAUGCACUAAAUGCCUGGCUAGGCUUACAGUUUCCGGAACAAUCUAUUUAUAUGGAUUCUCUGCGAGAAUGCUAUGAAGCAUAUGUCAUCUACAACUUCAUGAAGUAUUUAUUAAACUACCUCAAUGAAGAUCAAGAUCUUGAGGCACUAUUGGAAACGAAACCUCAAGUUUAUCACAUAUUUCCUCUCUGCUGCCUUGCACCAUGGGAAAUGGGAAGGGAAUUUGUCCACAACUGCAAACAUGGCAUCCUACAGUAUACAGUAGUGCGGCCCGUCACCACCGUCAUCUCCAUGAUCUGUGAGCUGUGCGGGGUGUAUGGAGAAAGUGACUUCAACCCUAACGUGGCGUUCCCUUACAUGAUAGCCAUUAAUAAUCUGUCUCAGUUUUUGGCCAUGUACUGCCUGGUGCUGUUCUAUAGAGCUAACCGGGUGGAGUUGAAGCCGAUGAAGCCUAUUGGAAAGUUUCUUUGCAUAAAAGCUGUUGUUUUCUUCUCAUUCUUCCAAGGUGUGAUUAUAAACAUUCUGGUUUAUUGUGGAGUUAUAUCAAACCUAUUUGGAAUACCAGAAUCAGAUACCAAAAUCAUGUCUUCAAAACUUCAGGAUUUCCUGAUCUGCAUCGAGAUGUUCCUAGCGGCCAUCGCGCACCACUACAGUUUCUCGUACAAGCCGUUCGCACGGCACGAGCCCGACUCGCGCUCUUGCCUCGGCUCGUUCCUCGCCAUGUGGGACGUGUCGGACGUGAAGCGGGACAUCUCCGAGCACCUCGGCGUUGUUGGGAGCUCCUUCAGCCGGCGACUGCGAGGCAAGUCCAUGUACCACAUGGCCCGAGGUUACGACGAGAGCUCGCGUCUGGUCAACGAGCCCACCAGCAGCUCUGCGCCCAACCUCACCGUGGAGGAGCCGGUCGUCGACAUCCGGCCCUCGGUGUACGGCUCUGUGGACACGACGAUCACCGCUUCCGCCGACUCUGAGCCGCUGCUGGGCUCCGUGAACGACCCCCAGGCAUGAGUAAGGUCUGGACAUAUGUUUUUAUAGGUACGGUAAAUGUGAUGAUUAGCUGGGUCCACACAGAGCGAGCAUACGCGCGAGGCAAUUUCCUCUCGCACAAAACUGCCAGUGUAGACGUGCCUCCCGCGCGCCGCCUCGGCCGAGGCACGUCUACACUGGCAGUUUUGUGCGCGAGGAAAUUGCCUCGCGCGUAUAUGCUUGCUCUGUGUGGACCCGGCCAUUGACGUUUCGGGCUACGGGCUACCGACAGGUCACCUUUGUUAAGUACCUGCCUAAUGUUGUAACGGAAAGUUAGAAAUUAAAUGGUGGAGCAUAAAUGCAAUUGCAUCGGCGUCAGAUCAGGGUGCGUAUCCAACGUGCAAUGGUUAACGCUCCGUAGUGAACGAAACGCAACCGUCACUGUCGCACUAGUGGGGAAGAGUGAUAGAGAGGGAUGACUAAGAUACGCUACGAAGCGUAAACGAUUGGCACGUUGGCUACGCGCCCAGAGCUAUCACUCGGUUCGGAGGAAUAUAGUUUAUAUUUUUAAGGCAUGAUUAACUUCUUUUUCAUGUGUGAAUUUGCGCUUGCGGAAUUAUUCAUUUGAACCCCGAAUGAAAAUAGAUGACCUAGUUAAACAUGGCUUAUUCUUGUCACACGAUAUUUGUAUUCUAACUGGGCGAAGCUCUUAAACGAUUACGAGUAUAUUAUAAAUACGUAGUGAUUAUUUUCUCUUUGUUAUAAAUGAAUUUUCUUUUUAACUACUAUUUCGUAUUUCUUACAUCACAUUUUAUUGCCAAAAACAUUGAUAUUAAAAUUAAGGAAAAUCAAGAAUAAAGAGAAUGGACUGAUAAAAAACCAGUUACAAAUGGUAAUGGUUCUUGAUUUGAUUCACUAGGUAUUUAAUUAGGUAACUGAUAACACAUGUUUACUGAGUUUGAUUUUUGUGUCACUUAAUUAAUUUGGAUGUUUCUACAUUCCAAAUUGCUAAGCAUAAUCUUAAAUUCUACCAAAGCUGGAACCUGAGUAACAUUGCUUUUUGCACUUUAAGUAGGUACCUAUAGGUUUAAAUUACUAAUACCUAAUUAAAAGAUCUUCUGAUCUGCGAUAUUGACUUAAAUAUACCUUAAUAUAUUAUGUUAUGAAUAUAAAUUGUGAUAUAUACCGCAACUUUUGGAGCGGUGCGUCUGUUAAGUUUUAGAAUUAAAAAUACAUAUUUCUUUAUCCAA